AUGCUAUCCCCAAAGAAGGUGAUAGGGGUUGGAGUGGUCCUCGCCGUCCUGUGCCUGGUGGCUAAUCCGGUGUCGGCUGGACGACCCGCUUGGAAGUGGCUUGUGGAACCGUCGGAUAAUACGCUCGCCUUCGAGCAGGAUCAAGAAGCUACGCCGGAGAGCCUUUUCCCGAGCCGUCGCCAGCCGGUGGAUGAGUCGUACCGGCUUCCCAGUAGUACGGCACCGGUUCACUACCACCUGGCGCUUCGGACGGCGAUCCACGAGAAUAAUCGUCAGUUCACUGGCACGGUUACGAUUCACUUGCAAGUCCUCGAGGCAACCACGACGAUCGUGGUGCUAAACCGAAGGCUUACGAUCCAGCGUGCGGCACUCCUUCAGGAGGGUACCGGUGGUACCGUUGGCCCGGAGCUGGAACAACCUUCUUUCACGACGGAUACGCGCACGGAACAUCUUACGUUCACCCUGUCGCAAGUGCUACAGCCCGGUUCGCGGUACUUCCUGCGCAUCGAGUUCCAGGGCCAGCUGCAAAACAACAACAAUAUGGGCUUUUUCGCUUCGUCCUACCUCGACGCGAAUGGUGUGCGUCGCUACCUGGCCUCGAGCAAGUUCGAGCCGACACACGCCCGUUCGGCCUUCCCGUGCUACGAUGAGCCACUGCUGAAGGCCACGUUUGAGCUGGAAAUUACGCACUCCGUCAACUACAACGCCGUGGCGAACAUGCCAAUGGCCGGUACGCCCGUACCGGAUCCGGACAACGCAAACUACGUGACGAGCAAGUUCCAGGUGUCUCCGAAGAUGUCCACCUAUCUGCUGGCGUUUGCCGUGAGCGAUUUUGCGAUUCGCACCGCCGGCCAGCAGACGGUGUAUGCCCGCUCGAACGUCUUCGAGGAGACGCAGUUCCCGCUGGAGGCAGGCAAUAGGAUUCUGGACGCGCUAGGCGUGUACAUGGACGUUUCGUACUACGAGUUUAUGCCGAAGAUGACGCAGAUUGCCAUUCCCGAUCGGGGCACGGGUGCAAUGGAAAACUGGGGCCUGGUUGCAUACGGAGAACCCGUUCUGCUGUUCAAUCCGGCGAUAAACUCCUAUCGCAACAAGAAGAGCGUCACGACGAUCAUCGCCCACGAGUACGCACAUCAAUGGUUCGGCAAUCUGGUCAGUCCGAACUGGUGGGAAUUCAUCUGGCUAAACGAAGGGUUUGCCACCGUCUACGAAUACCUCGCGGCCCAGCUGGCCUACCCGGAGGGUGAGUUCUGGGAGCUGUUCACGGUGGAGGUGAUCCAGAAUGCAUUCGCGGCCGAUGCGAGCGAGUCGGUACGUCCGAUGAACUGGAACGCGGGAUCACCGGAUGAAAUUGCCGCCCUGUUCGAUACGGUCGCGUACGAUAAGUCGGGCAGUGUGUUGAACAUGUUCCGCGAGGUGCUGGGAGACGACAACUGGCGCGCUGGGCUGACGAUGUACAUGCGAGAACGGCAGCUCGAUGGCGCCGUGGCGGACGAUCUUUACGCCGGAUUGCAGGCGGCACUGGUUGCCAACGGGGUCACAUUGCUGCCGGCUGAAGUAACGGUGAAGCAACUGAUGGACUCGUGGACUACGGUUGCCGGAUUCCCGAUCCUUAAUGUUUACCGAACGUACGGUGGUGAGGGGUCCAACCACGAGGUUAUUCUCUCCCAAGAGCGGUUCCUGUCCAACCGCCAGCUUCCCAAUAGCCACGUGUACCACAUCCCAUACGACUACACGGGAGGAAACGCGCCCAACUUUGAGCAUUCGCCGGCUCAGUUCUCGUGGCUUUCUUCAAAAGCCGCUAAAAUCAGCACCAACGUGCCGGACGACCAGUGGAUCAUCUUCAACCGUCAGCAGACGGGUUACUACCGGGUGAACUAUGAUGCCCACAACUGGGAGCUCAUCAUUUCGGCACUCCAUGACAAUCCCAUGCAAAUCCAUCGACGCAACCGAGCGCAGCUGGUGAACGACGUGUACAACAUUGCGCGUGCCGAACGCAUCGACUUGGCGGUGGCCCUCCGUCUCAUGGCGUACCUCCGGAAGGAGACAGAAUACGCACCCUGGACGGCGGCCGGUAGUGCGCUCACGUACUUCCACAACAAACUCCGUGGUACACCCUCCUUCGAUCACUUCCGGGUGUACGUCAACUCGCUGCUGGCCGACAUUUACCCGACACUCUCGAUGAACGAGCGUCCCGAAGAGACGAUGCUGCAGCGCUACCUGAAGCAGUUCAUCAUCACCUGGGCAUGCCGUAUCGGACACGGCGAUUGUCUCCAGCAAGCGCGGACGGCGCUCCAGGCCGCCUACCAGGCAAACACUCCCGUCCACCCAGACGUUGCGACCGCAAUUUACUGCAACGGACUGGCGACCGCCGACGCAAGCAACGACGUGUUCGUUUGGGUGUACGAUCAGUUCAAGAACUCGAACAACCAGGCACACCGUACCGUGCUGAUCGAUGCGCUGGCAUGCUCGCGUAAUCCGUCCCAUCUAACGUCGUUCAUCACGGUCGCCCUCGGCACUGGCAGCGAGUUUGACGCACUACUGUCCACCGAACGGACGCGCAUCGUGUCGGCCGUGUACGGAGCGAGCCGGGAAGGUGUCGAUGCGGUGAUCGACUUCCUCUCCGUGCCCACGCAGGUCACGGAGUUUGUCAACCGACUCGGACGACCGGCACUCAACAGCGCCGUGUCGAAUAUUGCCUCGCGCACCAACACCCAGCAGGAGCUGGACCGGCUGAACGCCCUAUUGGUUAGCUUGGGAACGGAGAUCACCGAAGCCGUGGCCAACAGCGCCCGGGCGACGGUGCAAAACAAUUUCAACUGGUUCAGCACCCUGGAAGGAGUGGUCGCAACGGAAUUCUUCCAGAAUUUCGCUACGCAACCUCAGGAAUUGUAAAACGGUGUUCUUUUGGCUG